GGGUAGUGGGUUCGAUUCCCGGGACCACCCAUACGUAGAAUGUAUGCACACAUGACUGUAAGUCGCUUUGGAUAAAAGCGUCUGCUAAAUGGCAUAUAUUAUAAAUCUAGAUAAUUGACGCCACAAAAAAUACCGUGCAACACAGCAUUCUUAACCUAGCCCACAAUGUCUGCUGUGUGGAUCUAUUUUGAAGUUUCAAAGGAAGAUAACAAAAAGGCCAUAUGCAAUGUUUGUGCUGCUAUUAUUUCCAGAGGGGAGAAAGUGAAAACUUUAAAUACCACUAACCUGAUUACUCAUUUAUAAGUGCAUCACCCCCAGAAGUUCAGCAACUACUUAGAACAAAAGCAGAAAAAAAUUAAGCACAUACUUCCAACAACUAAAGAAGUGCAAGUCAAACAGUCAUUUGAAAGAGUAAAACAAAUCUGUGAUUCAACUCCAAGCCAAAUCUAUUAACGCCAAGAUAAUGGAAUUCAUUGCCCUUGACAAUCAACCGUUCUCUGUUCGUGGAGGAUGUUGGCUUUCGCUAACUGGUAGAGCACCCCGAGCCCAGGUACACACUACCAAGUAGGUGCUAUUUUUCAGAUGUUGCCCUACCGGAAUUACACAGUAUUGUUAAAACGCACAACCAUGAACUACUUUCUAUGGGCAUCACUGCUAUUAGCUUCACGACUGACAUUUGGACCAGCGUUGUUAGCCCCAUGAGCAUGCAGAGUAUGACAGCACAGUGGGUCUAAGAGGAUUUUGUACUGAGGAAAGCUGUAUUGCAUGCUCAAGAAUGUGCUGGUUCUCAUACCGCUGCUGACAUAUUUGAGAACAUGUUUGAAAUAUGAACACAAUCCUAGCUCUGUUCGAACAACUGGCUUGAGAAAUAAGCUCAUCAACUGGGUCUGCAGCAGAUGUGAUACCCUUUGUCAUGGCAUUGAAAAGCCUGCUCAACAAAACUGCAGAGACAGACCGUGGGGUUAAUACUUGCAAAAGUACCCGACUGGAGGCUGUGAACAAGCGAUUCGGAGGCAUUCUCUCAGAGCCUCUUUACUGUGUCGCCACCAUGCUCGAUGCUAGGUACAAGGGUACUUCGAUACAGACAAGAAAUAGGGUUUAUGUGAAAUGUUAGACAGCUGGACAAGAUGGAAACGGUCACAGUGACAGUGCGCACCGAGGAAGAGGACCCAUGUUUCAGCUGUCUGGUCCGUGGCCUCUUCUGACAUCACUGCUUGACAUCUAUGAUGAAAUCCUGGUUGAGAAUGAAACGACUGAACAACAUAACAGCACAGCAAGUCACCACAAAGGGAGCAGGGCUAAACCCCAAUGCCAAAGUCUGGCAGGAGAUCCCUGUGCCCCAGAGCCAAGUCCCAGAGGACGGCACGGAGGGCACCCACUGGCUGGAGACUACCCCCACUUCUGCUGAUGUCACUGAGGGCUAUUCAGAGGCUCCCCCAACUGAGGAUAAGGGAUACGGCACGGAGUACUCAGACCCGUCGGACAGUAGUGCCCGUUUACCCACAGAGGGUGUACUGAACGGCAUGGAUCCCCCUGAGCUGGGGUACCCCCUCUAUAACUCUGUGACUGAGUCAGCAGUGGAGGAACAGCAGCCCCUCUCUGAAGAGAGCCUGAGAGAGUCUCUGAAGAAACAGCUGGAGUUUUGCUUCUCAAGAGAGAAUCUGUCCAAGGAUCUGUACCUGAUGUCCCAGAUGGAUAGUGAUCACUUUGUCCCCAUCUGGACCAUCGCCAGCAUUGAGGGCAUCAAGGUCCUCACUACCGACAUGGACCUCAUCCUGGAGGUACUACGAGCCUCGCCCAUGGUGCAAGUUGAUGAGAUGGGGGAAAAGGUUCGGCCCAAUCACAAGCGCUGCAUCAUCAUUCUGAGGGAGGUGCCAGAGACCACACCUGUAGAGGAAGUGGAGGCCCUCUUUAAGAAUGAAAACUGUCCCAAGGUGAUGAGUGUUGAAUUUGCGGCCAACAACAACUGGUAUAUCACAUUCCAGUCGGACACUGAUGCACAGCAGGCACACAUAUAUCUAAGGGAAGAUGUGAAAACGUUUCAGGGAAAACCCAUCAUGGCUCGUAUCAAGGCCAUCAACACAUUCUUUGCGAAGAAUGGCUACCGUAGUGUACCGAACUCCAGUGUGUACAGCCAGCAGGGCCAGUCCCAGUAUAACUCAACGCACCUCUACAUGCAGCAGGUAUUCAGCCCCCAGCAGCAGUACCCACUCUACCCCCUGGUGCCACCCACCUGGAACCCAUCGCCUGCCCCUUACUUCCAGACCCCGCUGGCCCCGUUCCCCAACAGUGGCUUUGUGAACGGCUUCAGCACCGCUGGGAACUACAAGACUGGCACCAGUCCCUUGGGCCUCGGACGACCGCCCUUCAACAGAAACCGUGUCCCCCUCUAUUCUAGAAAGAAUGUAAUCAAUGCCUUCAGGAACCACGCGAAGAGCCAGCCCCGGCCAUGUGACGAGACCCCUCCCUCUGUUACCCCCGUAUCCCCCCUGGUGGAUGGCCUGUCGGGCCCCUCCAGCGCUCUUCCUCCCCGGGCGGCAGGGCCUCCCCUGGGUAGCACCCCCGAGCCUGGCCCUGUGCCCCCCACCCUCAGGGACACCCUGCCACUGGCUGCAGAGGGGAUGCCCAAUGGAGACCUGGGCAUUGCUGGCAGGGGCAGGAGAGGCAGCUACAGAGGGAUGCGGAGGAAGAGAGAGGACGAGAGGAUCACGAGGCCCAUCCCUCUGAGUGAGAUAAAGGUUCCACAGCCCAAGUUUGACCUGGCGACCUCCAACUUCCCUCCAUUGCCUGGGUGUGUGGUCAGCAUGCAGGGAGAGCCCGUGCUAGAGACUCGCAUGUCUGAUGUGGUUCGAGGCCUCAAGGUGACCAGCGACAAGCCUGAUGUGAAUAAGGAGUCUGUGGCCCCUCCUGCUAGUGCCCAAAAGGAGGCUGUGAGUGCGCCCAGUCAGGUCGUGCCGGCCCACAAACCCCCCACCCCUCUGGUUGUGGAGCCCCUUGUUCCAAGUGUUGCUCAUCCGGUGAAGAAAGUGGAGAAGCCUGAGCCUCAUGUCCAAAAAGAGAUGGCUCCACCCCCCACACCACCCUCUUCUCUGCCAACCCCCUCACAGCCCGCCGCUGCAACCAAACCUACGCCCACCCACAGUCAGUCCAUCUCCACGGCAACACCAUUUCCCGCCACUACCACACCUGCACCGGAGUCAAGGAAACUGAGCUAUGCUGAGAUGUGCAAGCGGCCAGCCACCCAGCCCCCAGCGCCAAGCACCUCCCCAAACCCUCCCACCUCCCCGGCCAGCCAACCCCUGCGUGAACUGCGGGUUAACAAGGCCAACGAGCCCGCCACCACCUCCAGCAGCGAUGGGGAUAGGCCUGAGAAAUCCGAGCGGCCUGGAGAAGGCCAGCCCCACCUUGAUCCCCUUGGCUCAUAUUGUGGGGUUAAUGGCCCUGCCCGAUCCGGAGGGAUGGGCCUAAAGUACCGGGAUCAGCAGAGAGGUGCGUCCAUGAGCCGCCGCAUCUCCCCCCAGGGCUGGGCCAGACGGAGCGGGAAGGAACAGAACAUUCCCCCCCGGUCACCAAAGUAGUUUAAGCAACAACCAACAGACUAACAGAAAAACAAACACAAAUCUAUAUACGUGUGUGUGUAUAUAUAUAUGUAAAGAGAUAAAUAUAUAUAUAAAUAUAUAUAUGUUAUUGGAUGAAAGAACGCGUUCAUCUUAAAGACCCCCCUGAAGCUCGGUCGGACAUCCGCUGACCUUUGUUUAGGAAAGACUGCAAGCGGUAAUCAUUUUAAGAGGGGGCCGACACGAGUGUUACAAAUCAUAAACUGAAGGACUUGUUUGAAAGAAUAGCGAGAGAUGCUUACAUGCUGCCUCACCUUGGUUAGCUUGAAGGCUGGGCCCUCCACUGCUAAAUCUAUGUUCAUUUGAUUUCUGUCAGUGGGGGAUGGGGGACAAAUGUACAGUAAUGCCUUGUAUCACCAGAAUACUGGUAGUUGCAAAGGGGGAAAAAAAGAAAAGAGCUGUUAGCAAAUCUAGUCAUUAUGUGACACAGCAAAAGAUGUGGACAUCCACCAAUAUGACAUCGUUAUGAGUUGAUACAUAUGAUGCAAUUUGUUGUUGGAGGGGUUGGCAAGUGAUUAUUUUGGCGAAGGGCUAAGGAUAGCUCAUAAAAUGUGUUUUUAUGUAGGUUGGAAGCGAGAGGGCCACAUGGUUUUUAGAGAAGUGCCUGUUUUGAACUGUUCUGAGAGAUUGAGUGAGUUGGGAAGCCUGUCAAGCUGCACUUUCUUUUAGGUGAAGAAACAGUCUUGGAUGCCUGUCAGCUAAGAGUCUGGAAUGAUUUUGUGUUCAGAAUCAAUGGGAAAAUAUUAAUUUAUUAGAAUCAAUGAUUUUAUUUUCACGGUUGAUGGAAACUUUUGGUAUACCCUUGCUUGAGUAGGACAUUAAAACCUUUACGAUAAUGGUGAUUGGAUACUGUGCAAAUGUGGGGGAAAGUUUGGAUAGUCAGGCUGUCGGUCACUGAAUUGUUAUAUUUUCCACUCUCCCAUUUCCUAUUACUUUGAAACAUAUGGUUAAAUGUUUGAGUUGUUGGUCCCAACUGUCUGCCAAUCCUGUUUAGUUAAAAUAUGCUUUGGUUGGUUAAUGACGAUUGCGCCAACCAUUAGUGCAUAAUCUCUCCAUCCAGGAUCAGGUUCAGUAGUUCCCAUACGAACUGCUUGCUUUUGUUUUUUUAAAGUGGUUUAAGUUUAAAUACAUUUUUUAAAGUGGUUUGCUACAGUGUGUUAUGAACAUGACCCACCAAUCCAUUGGUUGGGAUUUGAGUGGAUCAGGAAGUGUUGUCAUGGGUAACAGCUCAUGAGAAAGGGAGGAGUCAUCCCUUAGUGAAGGUAUUUGGUAGUUGAGGCAGUCAGCACUCGCAUUGUAGACACCUGACACGUUCAGUUAUCAUGUAUUUGGCCAUUUUAUACGUAGCCUUUUUAAAGGGGCAGUCUGCAGUUGCUACAUUCAUUAUUGGACCUAUUAUUAAUUUAUGUACCAAUUUGAUUCUUCAAGUAUCAAAGCUUUGUUCCACUGUCAUACCACAUCAGAACCCAAAAUAUUAGCCUGUUUUACUCCAAUGUUUGUAAACAAAGUAAAUGCAGACUAAAUCUAUAUAGCCUCAAAACAUGGUUAAAACUGUCAUUUUUAUGCAUCCAUAGCUCAGUCUAUGAAUUUGAGCUGUUACAUUUCUCCAACCCCAUCCCUCAGCUUUUUACUGUAACAGGGUAGGGAGAACACUGUUUCAACUGCUGAUUGUCCUUUUAAGAAGAGUAGUUUUAAUUAUUUGUCUUGCAUAAAAGUUUAACCUGUUGUAUUAAUAUGUACAAUUAAUUGUACCUAUGUGGUCAAAUGCAGGAUACCGGCGUUAACAUAUACCUUCCUAUGUAUGUCUUGAUGGAACAGGUGAUCUUUAUCAUCAAAUAGAAACCUUUCCACCCCAGAUAUCUGGCCAUUUCAACAUGCCAUCAUAUCUGUGAACAUGUUCCAGAGUAGUCUGCCAUGCAUUUUGGUAGCUCUUGUAUCAUGUAGAAUAGGUUAGAUGGUAUUUUAUAGAGUAGUAAUGGGAUCCCAAGCAUGAAACUAGACUUUGGUACUAUGUAUUCGGGAUAGCUCAUUUUAAAAUGGCCUGAAGUCAAGUAAACGUAUUCAGUUCUCAUUCUCUUAUUUGUUAGCAUCGGGAAUUAAUCUAUAAAGGAGCUUACUGGUUUAGAGCAGCGAUCACUGGAAUUUUACGUUUUUAAUGCAAAUAAACGUAUUUAUUUUUUUUAACUUAAAGAGCCCAGCAAGAGUCCAGUUAGUCUUCUGAUUUCUCAAUUUUUAGUUGAUGACAUGCAGUACCGAACCUGUCCCAGUAUGAGAUUAGGGGUGGCCCGUGGAGAUUUCCAGGUGUGUUGAUAACAUGCAGUACCGAACCUGUCCCAGUAUGAGAUUAGGGGUGGCCAGUGGAGACUUCCAGGUGUGUUGAUAACAUGCAGUACCGAACCUGUCCCAGUAGGAGAUUAGGGGUGGCCAUUGGAGACUUCCAGGUGUGGUGUUGGUAGGUGUUUAGUGCUUAUCGUGUACAGAGGGCUAUUUUCUUGUCCGUGAAAUGCUGUCGAACUCUGAUCAUGUCCAUUUUGGGGUUAUCCUUUUUCAAUGUUGCCGUUGAUUCAUUGAGCAGAGAUUCUGAAGGGUGAUAAUGAUGAGUCACGUUAUUUUGGGAUGGGAUUGAGGGCAGAGCGACUGUCAGAUAUUAGAGUUUUGGUGUCUGGCUAACUCAUAGGAUUAUGAUUUAGCUGCUUUUUUCCUCUUGUACAUUUCACUUUUGGAUUUUCUCUUUACUGUCUUAGUUUUCUUUUGUUUGAAGAUUUUAAUGCAUAUAUCACGAUUGUUUUAAAUUCCGUACACGUCCAUUGUUUGAAAAAUGGAAGUUUGCGUAAUAUUAGGAGAGUUGACUUGACAUGGGGGGGCAUCAACCUUCAGAUCUGUUCCUUUUCUAUGCGCCUGCAAACUCAUAAUUCAGCCUUUGUGUAUUAAUGGGUUGAACACUAUCCAGACCAUAAAUGUAUAGAGAUCAUUAUGUGAAAAUAACUUUUUUUGCAUGGACAUUGCCAUUUUAAAGUAGUAAACUGGGUGGGGAUUCCUAUGGAUUGGGAGCAAUCAACCAAUUAUCAGAGCAUUGACCGCCAACUAGCGGCCACAAGAAAUGAAUUACUCAAGAUUUGUUUCUAGACUUCAACACUGUAGCUGGUGGUAAGUUGCCAAUUUUAGCUUUACACUUUUUUUCCAAUAUCAGAAGAAAAUUGACUACUUUAAAUGGAGAUGGCCUCAUUGGCACAGAUACAACAGUGUGAUCUCUAUGAUCCAGACCAAAGUCAAGCAGGCAAAAAGACAACCUUGGGAACUUGCUCCAACACAACUGUUUCUGGGUGGGAUGUGGAGAACUCGUAACCCUCCUACUGUUGGAUGGAAAAGCUGUCAGUUAAUUGAUAAUGCUCCCUGUCUCGACUGGCCAGUUAUGCUUGAUUAAUGUAGUCCUAUUUGAGGGAAGGCCACUUGUGUAGGUGGUCUGAAUGUUCUUGUACAGAUUUUGCGCCUAGAAGGCUAAUCUUUGGUCAUGUUUUUUUCCUCCCUCUAUUAGUAAGCACAUUUUAGAUUUGAGUAAAUCUUUUGAAAGAGUUCCUCAGUUUGACUUUAUUUUGUUUAUGUACUCUGAUGUACCCUUUUUCUUUCAAUGCAUUUAAUAUUUUUUGUGUUUUUCCCAAAAUAUGUGUGUGUGUAGUAUUUCCAAAACUUAUCUGAUUUGCUACUUGGGUAAAGUGAGAAUUCGGUGCACUGCCUGGGUGCUAGCAGUGCAGUAACAUGUUAUCUAUCUAACCACUGGGCCUAUGUUUUUUAUAUUUUUACAUCCAUUAAUGGCUAAGUUAAGAGCAGCUAGUGGUGUUGUGGAAUGAAAUGCACUAACUUUUGUUUGAAAAUAAUCUCUUAAUCCUGUAAAGUGUAAAAUCAUUUUAGAUGUCUACAUUGAAGAAAAGGUGUUUAGCAGGUUUGCUGAAAUUAUUACAGGAAUAGGGUUUUAUUUUUCUUUAACUGUUUUGAUUAGUUUUUGUAGCACUUCCCUGCUGGGACAAAGGCGUUGGAGGGUGUGCAGCUGGGACAUGGUAACGUACGAGGGUGGGAUGUGAGACACUGAAUUACUGAUUUAAUAGAUGUCUGAACAAAAACUUAAAAGAAUAAUAAAGUACAAAUAUUUCUUG